AUGACAGACCCAGAGAACCAAAGAGAACAUAAACAUCAUUUAUUCCAUCACCAUAGUCACCAAGAUGAAUGUGAAAAGGUUCCAGAUUACGUAACAGUACGUGGAACCGAUCCAAGAGAUACAUACACCAUGACAUUUAAUUUGGCAUCACGAGUCGACUAUGGAGUGGAUAUUGAUCCAAAGACACAUAACGAUUUAAUGACCAUUCUAGAUGAUCAGUUUGUCGAUCUUCCCAAAAACGUAGACUAUGGAAUGGAUCCUCAUGGUGGUCCCUUUCAAUACAGAGCAGAAUUUCAUAAUCCAGAUAAAAUCAUUUCAUGGAACAGUCAUUCAAAACCACCCAUUAUUUGUCAAUACCUUCAAACUUUGGUUGAUAAAAAUAUUCACUAA